AUGGACGAGGAUCAAGAGCCUAAGCAUCCGAACAAUGUUCUUUUAUUUCGAUUAGCUAUUUCAAAUAACUUUAAACACAUUGCGGAGUCAGUGAGUGAAGAUGCCUUUCGCGAAAUCCUGACGAUUUUGAAAUCGAAGCCGAAAAUUGCACAAAAAUUGCACAAGGCGAUGUUCAAGGAACUGUAUGACAACAUGAAGGAUGAUCUGGAGGAAGUAUUGAGCGAAGGAAGUUUAAACCAGGGUUUGGAAAAGAUUGCGAAAUUGUCGGAUGCAGAUUCUUCCAUGAUUGGAGAUGCUUGGAGGCCACCCGGAAACGUGUCCUUACAUUUACGUUCAUUGGACGCGCAGGUAAUUAAAGAAGAAAGCGACUUAUUGGAGAAACAAGUAAACGCGAUAGAAGAAGAAAAUACAACUUUAAUGAAAGAAAUUGCGAAUAGGAGAACGAAAAUAAAUGUAAUAAACGAUAGUAUAUCAUGGUGUUUGAAUAGGUCACCGAUAGCGAUAGAUUUAUUAGAAAAAAGACUAGAAGGGUUGCAAAAGUGUCUAAUAUUGUUAGACAAUAAAUGA